AAACUAGUAUUUUUAAUAUUUAUCGAAAAACAAGUUUCGGUGGUAUAGAGAUUUUUUAGUAAAUUUUGACACGAGGAUGGUGCUAUACCUGGUUGUAGAUAAUUCCAGGUCCUAUCCGCUAGACUUGGAAAGCUACAUACGGUGAUCCACGUUGGUAUAUAAGAGCAGGGAAGAGACAGUGUGUAUAUUAAAUAUUGUACACAAUUGCGAACGGAACAAUCGUUUUAUCGAUUGCAGAGUGAUAUCAUUAUAUGAGAAGAUUGUCAAGAAGUAUUUCCUACAGAAUGUAAAUUGUUUUAUCGUGGCGCCAUACAUUUAAUCACAACACGUCGCAUCUAUUAAUUACUUUCUAGUCUUUGCGAAGGAAGGAGAAGAAGAAAGAAAGGAAGAUGACUACAGGAUUGAAGACAAUGGAAUUUCUACGGUUAGGCCGACGACUUCGUCGACGCCUAAAUGCCCGAAAUGUGAGCGAUCAGCUGCUUGCUGGCGGUGAGGACAGAAAGAAAAGAAUUGCAUUAAAUAUUGAUAUGAAGAUGCUGAAGAUCGGAUUCAUUGGAGGCGGCAAGAUGGCCCAAGCUCUAGCCAAAGGUUUUAUACGAGCUGGAUUGAGCAAGGGUGAAAUGAUGUUGGCCAGUUGCCUUCCGAACGAUGUGGGCAGUAUAGAUGCGUUUAAGGAAAUGGGUUCAGAGACCGUAUUUUCAAACGAACCAGUAGUUGAUUAUGGCGACGUCUUAAUUUUAUCAGUAAAACCACAAGUGGUUCCGCAGGUUCUUCCAGAUUUGAAGAAUUAUAGAAAACUUUUACUUUCUAUUGUUAUGGGAGUCCCAUUAACUUCAUUAGAAAAGGCUCUGCCAGAUGGAACACCAGUAAUUAGAGUAAUGCCCAAUACACCAGCCCUAGUGGGUUGUGGCGCAACGGUAUAUGCUCGUGGAAAGUAUGCCGGUGAUAAGGAAGCUGAAAUAGCAGAAAAAUUAUUUUCCUCCGUGGGUUUAUGCGAAGAAGUAUCUGAAAAUUUAAUUGACCCCGUUACGGCCUUGGCUGGUUCCGGGCCUGCAUAUGUAUAUAUGAUGAUAGAAGCUUUGGCUGAUGGAGGUGUAAAAAUGGGUCUCAUGAGGCCAAUCGCGUAUAAAUUAGCUGCGCAAACUGUUCUUGGAGCUGGUACUAUGGUUCGAGACACAAAGGCACACCCAGGACAACUUAAAGAUGAUGUAGCUUCGCCAGCAGGGUCUACCAUAACUGGAAUUCACUAUUUGGAAGAGCACGGAUUGAGAUCAGCUAUAAUUGGAGCAGUUGAAGCAGCAACAAAGCGAUGCAAAGAAGUUAGUUCAUUUUCAGAGAAAAAUUAA